UCGAACGCCAGGGAGGUGACUGACGGUGGGGCCGGGAAGAAGGGCCUGAGCGGAGGCAGCCGCUGUUGACUCGGGGGUCGAGAGGCGCGGGAGGAGGCCCGGCCGGCGGCAGGAGAGGCGCGGCCACCCCCAUGGCGGCGUGUAACACCUGCGCUGCGGCCGCGCGGCUCCUCGGCUCCUCGCUGCCGUCGGCGCGCAGAGGUAUUACCUGUGGCCGUUCGCACCUUCCUGUUUUGGGAUUAAUUGGAACAUUUGAAACUCGAUCUCUAAGAAAUAUUCCAUUUAGGACUUUUUCAGAAACCCCGGCGUACUUUGCUUCGAAAGACGGCGCAAGCAAAGAUGGUUCUGGAGACAGCGGCAAGAAAACGGUUGGUGAAGGCAGCGGUAAAAAGUCGAGUUCUGGAAGCUCCGGCAAAGGCGGAAACCAGUUACGUUGCCCCAAGUGCGGUGAUCUAUGCACACACGUGGAGACGUUUGUGUCUUCGACCCGCUUUGUGAAAUGUGAAAAGUGUCACCACUUCUUCGUCGUGCUGUCCGAAGCGGACUCCAAGAAGAGCAUCGUCAAAGAGCCAGAGUCGGCAGCCGAAGCUGUGAAGUUGGCUUUCCAGCAGAAGCCCCCGCCGCCUCCCAAAAAAAUCUAUAACUACCUCGACAAGUAUGUGGUCGGCCAGUCUUUUGCCAAGAAGGUGCUUUCGGUUGCCGUAUACAAUCAUUACAAGAGAAUCUACAACAACAUCCCAGCUACUCUAAGGCAGCAAGCUGAGGUUGAAAAGCAGACCUCCUUAACACCGAGAGAAUUAGAGAUCAGAAGACGGGAGGAUGAGUACAGGUUUACAAAACUUCUCCAGAUCGCUGGUAUCAGUCCCCACGGCAACGCUUUAGGGGCGUCGAUGCAGCAGCAGGUGAACCAACAAAUGCCCCAGGAGAAACGGGGAGGGGAAGUAUUGGACUCUGCCCACGACGACAUCAAGCUUGAAAAGAGUAACAUUUUACUGCUUGGACCAACUGGAUCAGGUAAGACCUUGCUGGCUCAGACUCUCGCCAAAUGCCUCGACGUCCCUUUCGCAAUCUGUGACUGCACCACUUUGACUCAAGCGGGUUACGUCGGCGAAGACAUCGAGUCUGUCGUUGCAAAGCUCCUGCAGGAUGCCAACUACAACGUAGAAAAAGCUCAACAAGGAAUUGUUUUCCUGGACGAAGUGGACAAGAUUGGCAGCGUGCCAGGCAUUCACCAGUUGCGGGAUGUGGGAGGAGAAGGAGUCCAGCAAGGCUUGUUAAAGCUACUGGAAGGUACAAUCGUGAACGUUCCCGAGAAGAAUUCCCGUAAGUUACGUGGCGAGACCGUGCAAGUCGACACGACCAACAUCCUCUUUGUAGCUUCUGGUGCUUUUAAUGGUCUGGACAGAAUCAUCAGCAGAAGGAAAAACGAAAAGUACCUUGGCUUCGGAACCCCGUCAAACCUGGGGAAAGGCAGGCGAGCGGCCGCGGCGGCAGACCUGGCUAACUUGGGCGGAGAGUCCAGCACGCAGCAAGACAUGGAAGAGAAGGACCGUUUGCUCCGCCACGUGGAAGCCAGGGAUCUCAUUGAAUUUGGCAUGAUCCCCGAGUUUGUGGGACGCCUGCCGGUCGUGGUUCCCCUGCACAGCCUCGAUGAGAAAACCCUCGUGCGGAUUCUUACCGAGCCCCGGAAUGCUGUGAUUCCCCAGUACCAGGCGUUGUUCAGCAUGGACAAGUGUGAACUGAACGUUACCCAGGAUGCCCUAAAGGCUAUAGCCAGGUUGGCUCUGGACCGCAAGACAGGAGCGAGAGGCCUCCGGUCUAUAAUGGAAAAGCUGCUGCUAGAACCGAUGUUUGAAGUGCCCAAUUCCGACAUUGUGUGCGUGGAGGUGGACAAAGACGUUGUGGAAGGGAAGAAGGACCCCGGAUACAUCAGGGCAGCCGCGAAAGAAUCUUCGGAAGAAGAGUACGAUUCGGGAGUGGAAGAGGAAAGCUGGGCUCGCCAAGCAGAUGCUGCAAACAAUUAAAUGCCGUCAGAAUAACGCCCCGUGGGAAAGGCACUUAAUUUUAUUUUUUUAAUUUGGAGACCACCCCCACCUCCACCACCCCCCGGCUGUGUGCAGCGUACUGAUAACUUUGGAUCUGUCCUUAAAACGAUACAUGGUCAGCAAACUUUUGACAACGCUAACGGGGGAUCAGAUCAUGUAUAUCUGGUAAUAUCACAUUGAUUUGUUCAUUGGACACUUGACCUGCAAAGGUAGGAUGUUUAGAAAUUAAUUGCAUAUGACGUUUUUCAGUGUCUUUUUUUUUUUUUUUUUUGCUCUGUAGGGCUGAGGCAGAGGUGGGGGCGGGGGGGGCACGCCGUGUGAAUGUUCCCCCUGCAAAGUGCACCCUUCCCCGCCCCUUCUGGCAAUCUUUGGGGGGUGGGGGUGUUUACAUUUUUAUGCGUAGGGGAGGGGUGCUGCAAAAAAGAAAAUCCCCCCCCCCCUUCCUUAGCACCUGUGAUUUCAUCCAUGGCACCAGCACUCUUGUUGGGUUGGAUGCGACUUUGGCACUUCCCCCCACCCCAAAGAAUAAUCCUUCCUAGAUAGUGACUUCUGCAUGCAGCCAAAACAGAUCAUUCGGCUGUGUUGAUGGCAUCAGAGAAGCCCGCUAGUUCAGAGGCAGGACAGACUCGGUCUUGUCUGUUUUCUAGGAAGCAGGAGAGGUGCUUCUCGAACACAGCAUCCCCCUGAGCCACAAAGCAUAGGGAAUCGGUGCAGGGAAAGGUCUUCUUGAGGGUCUUUCAGGAAGAUUUGGACCCCUUGAAUGUGCCUUUUUGCACAUUUGAAGACACUUGCAGGCAUGCUUUUGGCUCGGCUGUAGUUUGUUUUGUUUUGGGGGUUUUUCUUUUCCCUCUUCGGACCCAGAAGGCAAUGCUGAUAUUCCCAACAUUCACAGAAUGU